GAUGAGGAAUGGUGACCGCCCAGGGCCACACUGGGCCCCAGCAGCAGCUGAUUAGGGCCAAAGCGGUCAGCGAGAAGGAGGUGGACUCUGGGAACGACAUCUAUGGCAACCCCAUCAAGAGGAUUCAGUACGAGAUCAAACAGAUAAAGAUGUUCAAAGGCCCUGACAAGGACAUAGAGUUCAUCUACACGGCCCCCUCCUCGGCAGUGUGUGGGGUCUCGCUGGACGUGGGAGGAAAGAAGGAAUAUCUCAUUGCAGGAAAGGCCGAGGGGGAUGGCAAGAUGCACAUUACCCUCUGUGACUUCAUUGUGCCCUGGGACACCCUGAGCACCACCCAGAAGAAGAGCCUGAACCACAGGUACCAGAUGGGCUGCGAGUGCAAGAUCACCCGCUGCCCCAUGAUCCCAUGCUACAUCUCCUCGCCGGACGAGUGCCUCUGGAUGGACUGGGUCACGGAGAAGAACAUCAACGGGCACCAGGCCAAGUUCUUUGCCUGCAUCAAGAGGAGCGAUGGCUCCUGUGCGUGGUACCGCGGGGCGGCACCCCCCAAGCAGGAGUUUUUCGACAUCGAGGACCCGUAGGCAGGGUGACCACAGCCCUGUGGCCAAGCGAAAAGCCUCCGAGGGUUUAGACUGGUCCAGCUCUGACAUCCCUUCCUGGAAACAGCAUGAAUAAAACAGUCGUCCAAGUGGGUCCACGUUAGUAUGGUUCUGCCCCCACCCCCGUUUUCCUCUGAACACACUUGUGAGUCUGGAGGAAGAGAUGGGCCAGGGUCCCUCCCACACUCCCUCCAUCCACCACCUGGGCACCGUGUGUCUUGGUCUUUGAUUUUUGGGUACAGGCAGGGGUGGGACCCACAGACUUCCUGCCCAGGCAUCUUUGUCCCCAUCACAGAUGCCAGGCAGGCAGCCUGCAGGGGUCUCCCCAGCCUGGUUAGGGCAGAGCCUGGAAAUGUGCGUUUUGCAGAAACUCCUGAGGGUCAUUGCAAGACUGUGUAGCAGGCCUACCAGGUCUUUGUCAUCCUGAGAGGGGCAUGUCCACCUCUGGCCUAGGGUGGCAGUCCCUGCCCCCUGCAAGUGUCCCCCAUCUUCCCCGGGCCCAUCGCAAUCUCCUAGCACGUGUGACUCCCUCGGGACCAGGAGUAGCCCUGGAACUGGUGGCUCGUUCUUGGAGGACUCGAUCCUGGGAGUUUGCAGAAUUCCUCCUUCAGAGACUUGGAGGGAGAGGCCCUCGCUGAGCCAUGCUGCAGCUCUAGGCAAGGCCUUUCAGUCCUGCACUGCAGACCUGCGAAGCCCUGAGCUGGGGCAGGUCCAGGGCUGGGGUGCGCCCGGCUGCUCUUAGAGUUCUGUCCUGAGCUUCUCGGGUUGCUCUGGCCUCCUUCCCACCUGCUUCCCCCAGGGCAGUGUAUGGCUGGCCACCCGGCUCCCUGUUUGUGCAAACUGAGGACAUGAUCUUGCUGUGCCCCGGCAGGCUUAGUGAAAUCUCCCUCCAAGAUAGAUAAUCAUGAUUCCGUGCAGAUUUCUCCAAGUGAUGUGAGCUAAGCUUAUUAAGAUGUCCCAACCAGGGCACCCAGGCAGCUUGUGUUCAGGCCCUCGGGGCACUGUGGCCUGUUUUAACAGACAUCUCAUUUUUCUAAAGAUGAAUUCUCAGAUAAUAUGUGAACCUAAGUGGCAGGUAUGCCAAGGCCUGCUUGCUUUCUUAUGUCACACAGAUUACCCACUUAAAACCCUUCAGAGGGAACUGGGGAGCCGACUUAUUCCCUAGAAAUGGUCUUCUGAUGCCAAUAAAAUAGGGGUUCAAGUAGGCAGAACUUUCUCAGUCACAAUACAGUCGGCCUUCUUUCUCCUUCUACCCAUGCUGUAAAGAUACGCUCUUCUGGGGACAAACAUGAUGCUAACAUAGACCAUAUGCACACACACAGAGUGACGCUGAAGCCAGCCACCCCCCACCCUGGCCCCAGGCCCCCGUGAGAGUCCUUCUGCAAAAUGCUUCCAAAGUCACCACCAUCUAAGCCUGUUCUAUUCUGCAGCGACCCCAGAACAACCGUAAGACUCCUGACCCCCGAGGGGCUGCAGCCCCCAUGCCCACCCGGGACCUGGUCAGCACAGAACUUGUCGACUCCCCUUUCUAGGACAGACCGGGAGAGCAUCCAGGAAUCAGCCCCUGCCUUGGGGGCGUUUUCAUGCUGUACAGUGAUGUCCAGUUGGUGAGAUGUCACGAUGGACCAGUCCGUGUGAUUUCAGUGUAUACACCACCACCAGACCCCUGCAGUCAAUAGAACACCCCGCCCUGUUUGCUUCCUGUAUGGUGAUAUCAUAUGUAAGAUUUGCUCCUGUUUCUGCUGACUUCUUCAAUGUUUCGGGUUGUUUCUGACAUCCGCUGUAACCAUCCCCAUGAUGAUUUCUUUUUUAAUUACCCUUGGUAGGUGUUAGACUUGCACUUUUAAAAAAAAAACAGUUUCUGCAUCGAGGAAGCAUUGGACCCAGAGUGGACAUUGUGGCGUGUAGCUGGCCUGUGGUGGAGGGUCCCUUCAGACCUUCCUGAGCAUCUUUGCUCUUUCCACCGCCUUGCUUCUAUUCUCUGGUUCGGAUAAUUGCAAAGUAUCUUUGAGUAGGUUGGUCAGGAAAGAUGGCCUUUAUAUUUGGAUUUCUGACCAUGCCAAGCAAAGUGCCCAGUGGCAGCGGAGGGCCAGGCCGCUCCACACCCUCACAGUGGACAGCCAUGACAUUUGUACAGGUGAAGAAGGAUCUCAUUUGGCAUUGUUUAAUUUAUGGUGUCUUCUAAGCACUGCUUUUCUCUCCCUUUAUUCUUUUCAUCACGCAAGCAACUCAAAAUAUUUAAAAUGAAGUUUACAUCGUAGUUGUGUUCAAAUCUUUGCUUGAUAAGUAUUAAGGAAUAUCAGACUUGCUGCCGUAAUUUAAAGCUUUGUUGAUUUCAUUUGUUUUUGUUUGGAUUUUUAUGUUGUUGUGGGGGGAGCAAAGUGUUCUUCGUGCUGGGAUGUGAAGUCCGAGACCCCCCUGUGCUGGGAGCACGUGAGAGUCGUGGAGAGUCAACCUGCAGACUGCGCAUGUCUCUGCUGCUUUGUAUCAUUUUUGAGUGACCGCUCCGUCAAUGGACAAUAAACAGUAUUAUCAAAGAGA